AUGCCCGGCUACCAUCCGCCCGUGGUGGACAUCGCCCACGGGCAGAACGCUCCCGUCGGCCUAUGCGUGGACGCCUGCGGUUUCCUCGCGAAAGCACGAAUCUCGGUAGAUGUGGCAGUCACUGCCGAGACCGCCUCCCGGCCACUACCAACUGCGGAGCCUGAAGUUUCUGUUAUAAUCCCUGUCUUUAACGGCGAGCAAUGGAUCGACGAAUGCCUCAGCUCAGUGGCACAACAGGAAUUCGACGGUACAUUGGAAGUGUCCAUCUACGACGAUUCUAGCACGGACGGAACGGUCAAACUAUUGCGAGAGUGGAAAACGAAACUGGAAUCCCGCGGCUGUUUGGUCCUCAUUUCGUCGGGUGAUCCGGGUUUCAAACCAAGAGGAGUUGGCUUCGCAAAAAAUGCCGCCGUGCGACAGAGCAAAGGCCGGUACCUUUGCUUUCAGGACAUCGAUGACGUCAUGCACCCGUCCCGCGUUCAAGAGCAGUUCUGCGAAGCUACAAAACAAUUGCCCAACACGAUUGUUGGCUCCCAGUAUCACCGUUUGCCAGAAGGAUCGACUGAACGUUAUACGUUGUGGGCCAACACUCUUAAUCCAAGGAAGCUCACCGUUCAGGUUUACACGUCUUAUGGACCCACUGUAAUCAUGCCGACAUGGUUCUGCAGCAGAGCCGUCUUCGACGCUGUAGGUGGCUUCGGCGAAACUGGUAAGGGAACUCCAGAAGACCUCAUCUUUUUUUACAAGCAUCUCGACCUAGGAGGGAAUGUCGCCAGGGUGGAGAAAGACCUUCUCACCUACCGUUACCACCCACAACAGUCGACGUUCACGAUAGCAGAGUAG